CAACUAGAAACCUUACCGUCAGUUAGCCAUGACGACAGAAGAGAAGGAUGUUAAAACCAAAUUAACUGGAGAUUUUCGUGAUUCUUGGGCUGAGAAGAUUAAAGAGGAGGAUCCUGCUAAUCUAUGGGAGGACGAGGAAGACAGUUCUUUUACCAUUAAGGAAUGUGGAUCUAAGUGCUACCGACAAUUUUGUUCAUUAAAGUGCUUGAAACGUAGAAUCCCGAUUAUUACCUGGCUUCCCCACUACUCGCUGGAUGACGUCAAAGGGGAUGUCGUGGCCGGUGUGACAGUAGGUUUAACUGUCAUACCACAGAGCUUGGCGCUAGCAGUUUUAGCAGGACUUCCACCUCAAUAUGGUUUAUAUACGGCCUUCAUGGGAUGUUUCAUGUACGUCUUAUUCGGAAGCUGUAAAGAUUUGACCAUUGGCCCAACAGCAAUAAUGUCACUGGUGACUUUAGAGCACGUGCAGAUUGGUGGUAUCACUUAUUCCGUGCUGAUUACGUUUUUCAGUGGUUGUAUUCAACUUCUUAUGGGAUUUCUCAACUUAGGUUUCCUGAUCAAUUUUAUUUCUGCACCAGUUAUAAGCGGUUUCACUUCUGCGGCAGCCAUUACUAUCGCAACCACUCAACUCAAAGGAAUGUUUGGGCUGAAAUUUCACUCUGAAGGAUUUACUGACACUCUGUAUAACUUUUUUGCCAACAUCACCAGCACAAGACUGAGUGACAUGGCACUAGGUAUUGCAAGUGUGGCGCUUCUAAUAUUAAUGAGGCAUUACAAAGACAGGAAGUUUAGAGCUGAGACUAAAAUAUCACCAACUGCUCGAAAGGUCGUUGAAACUUUGUGGUGGACAAUUGCUACAGGUUUGUGUAACUUGAUGGGAUCCUUCGUAGGAGCUUAUCCUAGUACCGGUAGCUUCUCACGGUCUGCAAUAAACAACAGCAGCGGAGUUCGAACACCUCUUUCAGGAAUUUUCACAGGAGGAAUAGUGAUCCUGGCUCUUGCUGUUCUUGCUCCCUACUUCAAGUACAUUCCUAGUGCUUCGCUCAACGCAAUGAUAUUUGCUGCUGUAAUCUUCAUGGUACAUUAUCACGACGUGAUCAUUAUAUGGAAAACACAAAAACGAGACAUACUUCCAUGGGCGUCAACUUUUGUAACAUCUUUUAUUCUUGGUCUAGAGUAUGGAAUAAUGCUUGGAGUCGGGGUUUCUGUGAUGAUGUUGCUUUAUGGAAUGGCAAGUCCGAACAUUACGACUCAACUACAACGGAAACCUGGAGGAGAGUGCCGCCUGGUGGUAAAACCGGACCGAACUGUUCUGUUCCCUUCAGCCGAAUAUAUAAAGAGCAAAAUUACUAAAGCACUUCCUCCUGAGUCUUCACAAGAAAGAAUCUGCUUUACUGUAAUUGUCGAUGGCGAACAUCUUACCGACGCAGAUUAUACGAUUGCAAUGGGUUUAAGGACCAUGGUCGACAGUUUUGAGAAACAAAAUGUUCUAACAGUGUUUACCAACGUCAUUCCCAAAGUACAAAAAAUACUGAGUGGUGCUUCACCUCUUCACUUCUGUAGAACAGAGAGAGAGAUACAGGUUGUCAUUAAAGAGCAUUCGAAAAGCAAGCUGGAAAACUACGAAGAUAAUACUUUAAGAGAAGCACGUGUUGAAGACGGAAACUGUAGGAUUGAAGACGGGAAUUGCAGAAGUAGUCCAACACUAGCUAGAGACCAUUCACUCAUUAACAAUGAAAGUCCUCUGUUGGAUAAAUAAUAAAAUUAUUUCAAAAUACUACAUAAAUUCAACCAAUUUGUUCUUCUUAAGUAAAUAUAUUUAUGAACUGUGAAAUAUUCAAAGAAUACAAGAUUCUUCGAAUUAACCCAGACUUCUAUCUUACCGUUCAAGGUACUCUUAGUUAAAAACAUGAAACUCCAAAAUUAAUUCUACGCAUGCUUAGAGCUGAAGUUGUGAAGUCCUAAAACUAAGUUUAUGAUUCAGGGUUUAAAUUAUUAGGCAUUAAUAACACAUUUUUAUAAUCAGUGGCAGAGCACUCUUUCUCUUGUGUUAUAAUUAGAAAUGUUAGAUAAUUAUUUUGAUAAUAUGAAUUUUACAUGUUAUGCUAGGCGCCUUUCAAUUUACUUUCUUUCAAAACAUAUUGGUUUAAGAGAU